AUGGUUUUGAGGGCAGGACGACCGCAAUUGGCUCAGAAAUAUCUGCAUCAACUGACAGCACACAAGACCCUACCGUAUCUGUUUAUUUGCGGGACCUUCAUUGGAAGUGAGCAGCAUAUCCAGAACUACCACAAAAACGGUCAGAUACCGCAAUUGGUCGAGUACGUGUGCGGUGAGGAGCGGAAGAAGACGAAGAAAACCACUAAAAAGACGUCAUCGUAA